CAAAGUUUAUAUGGUCUAACACAUGAGCAUUUGUUCAUUUCUUACAGAGGGACUUGCUCAUCAACGUGGAAAUGGCGGAGGAACUGUUGAUGCUGAACGAGGAGAAAUUCAGCUCGAACCUCACAAAGUCAUUGCUUGCAGUGGCUUUUCUGGCGUCAUUUGGCAGCUCCAUGCUCUAUGGAUUUAAUCUGGCUGUGGUCAACUCUCCUGCACACUACAUCAAAGACUUCUACAAUGAGACACUUCAAGAAACUUAUGGCUGGAUUCCAAACAAGAGGCACCUCACAAUCUUGUACUCCCUCACUGUGUCCAUCUUUGCCAUUGGUGGAAUGAUCGGCGCUCUGUUAGUGGGAAAACUUGUCACCAAGUUUGGCAGGAAGGGUACGCUGGUGAGAUCAACUGUGCUGGUGUUUGUCGGGGGGACUCUUAUGGGCCUCAGCCGAUCAUGGAGGGAGCCAUCCAUGGUCAUAAUUGGACGCUUCAUUGUUGGAGUACACUCUGGUAUCUCUAUCAGCGUGGUGCCAAUGUACCUUGGUGAGAUCGCCCCCAAGAAUUUGCGAGGCUUCCUGGGUCUUAUUCCAUGCAUCCAUAUUUGUCUCGGGGUCUUCAUUGCUCAGGUCCUGGGGCUACAAGAGCUGAUGGGAAAGGAACAUUACUGGCCUCUGCUCAUGUCCCUGAUAAUAUUUCCAACCCUGGUCCAGUUGAUACUGUUACCAUGGUUUCCUGAGAGCCCACGGUACCUGUUGAUAGAAAAGGGAAAUGUUCACGCCACCAUUGCAGCCCUCAAGUGGUUCCGUGCUAAAGGCAACAUCCAGUUGGAGCUGGAGGAGAUGCAGGAGGAACAACGCUCUUUGUCCUCCAUCCAGACGGUAUCUGUGUGUGGACUCCUCAUGGACCGCUGUGUUCGCUGGCAAGUCAUCACCAUUGUAGUGGUCAACAUCGGCAUGCAGCUGUCUGGCAUUGAUGCGAUUUGGUUCUAUACAAAUGAUAUAUUUAAGAACGCUGGAAUUAAAGAGCCCCACAUUCAGUAUACCACAGUGGGAACUGGAGCCAUUGAGGUCAUCUCUGGAAUGCUGGGUUGUUUUACAAUUGAGCGUGUUGGUCGGAGACCGCUCAUGGCUGGUGGUUACAUCUUCAUGAGCCUCUGCUGUGCUGGGAUCACUGUGUCGGUCCUCUUCCAGGACCAGCUGCCCUUCAUGCGCUACAUCAGCGUUGGCUGCGUUGUUGGGAUUAUUGCUGGCUUCUGCAUUGGUCCAGCCGGUGUGCCUUUCCUAAUCACUGCGGAGCUGUUCAAGCAGUCGCACCGACCAGCAGCCUACACCACGGGAGGCUGUCUCAACUGGUUGUCUAACUUCACCAUCGGCUUUGUCUUUCCCUUCCUUGAGCUGACUAUGGGUCCUUACUGUUACCUCAUCUUCUGUGCAAUCUGCCUGGGAGUGGCCAUCUACACCAUCUUCAUCAUUCCCGAGACCAGGAACAAAACCUUCAUGGAAAUCAGUCAGAUGUUUGCCUCCAAGAACAACAUGCUUGAAGAGGAGCUGACAUCCAACAGGGUUCUGAAAAUCUCUAAAAAUGGCUAUGGGACUCUGGCCCAUCUGGAUGUUAAGUAAGAGGUGGACCUGCUCAGUUUGGUCAGGUGUGACCAUGGCAGGGGUAUAGAAGGUAUAAACAAUGGAUACUGUUAAGACAAAGGCAUGUUUUAGAAACUCUUCUUCACAGCAUGUGACUCCAAGGUCACAUGGCAAUGUGUCUCUCAUCAAGCUUCCAAAGCAUUAUAAUCCAUUUCCCAGCAUCAUACGCCAUUUUCACAGGAAUUUGUUCCCCAGUCCAGUCUUCGCAUAUCCAAGCACAUCCCAUGACCGUUCAUGAACAAUCACAUCACGUGUAUAAAUAUAACGCCUCAGAGGGGACAUGCUCACUUUAUUAAUGUCAGUGUGUACUUUGAGUGUCUUGACUAAAGAUUAUUUUUGUUUUUCUUUUUUCUCACUCUAAAUGUGAUGUUUGUCUCUUUUUAUUUAAAGAGACGGAUAUUGUGGCUACUGUAGUAGUCAUUUUAUGUCUUGAGUUAUUUAUCAACAUGUCUGUUGGUGUAUGUUUAAAAAAUAAUUCUUUGUAUAGGACAGUGGUGUCCAAACUACGGCACGGGGGCCAUUUGCAACCCGCCUUCCAUUUUGUAGCAGCCUGCGACAUAGACAAAAAAUAAAAUUUUACGCGGAAUGCAACGCUAUUGGACAACUACUAUGCGACUACCAUUACUACUAACAAUAAAUUGGUUCUUUAUCAAGCUUUUCUACAUAUGCAAAUAAACUAUUUACAACUAAAAUAGUAACACAUUUCCUCUUUAUAAUCCCACGUAAAUAAAGAUUCAUUCAAUUCAU